AUGGAGCAGCCUCUGUCCUGGAUGGAUAGCGGGAAGUCGGUCCUCAAACCGAACAUCCGUCAUCUGUGGUUAUGUGGCGUGUGGCCAUUGCCUGGCUCCUGGAUAUACGAUGCAUACGGCGUUUUGGGCCUAGUAUUAGGCUUCUGGAACGCGAUAGAGAGUUCGCUGGCGCUCUACUCCUGCUGGGGAGACAUGGAAGAGACGACGCUGUUGCUUACCAGUACUUUCACCAUAGGCUGUGGCACCGUCAAGAUGGUCUUCUUCCUGAGCAACCAAAGGCAGUACUACGUGCUGGCUAGACGCGUUGAUGUGCUGGCGUCCCUGCAGAGUGAAUUCUGUUCCGCGGACCCUGCAUUGGCCGAAAUCCAGCAGAGCGCUCAGAAGCGCGGCUACCGUCUAACCCUGGGAAUGCUGCUCCUAAUGUUCUCGCAGUACCCUGUGUGGUUCCCUAUGCCGCUCAUAGCGCAUCCAGAGAAACGGCGCCUGCCGUUCGGGCAGCACUACUGGGACAACAACACCCACCACUACGCACUCUCGUACGUGAUGCAGUGCGCAGCAUCAGCGCGGAACACCCAGCUGAGUUUCAGUGUUGACCUGCUGUUCGUGUCCAUCAUGCUACUCGUGAGAGCGCAGCUGCAGAUUCUCACACUGCGUAUCUGCCGUCUCAAAACGGAGAACGGCGAAGUAAAGUCAGAAGAUGGAGCGAAAUAUGUGAAAGGCAUGCCGACAAAUACCUGUGAUAAAAUGUACGAAAAUUUGUGCCUUUGCAUUGAAACUCAUCAGAAAAUUCUCAGGUACGUCAAAUAA